AUGGGGCAGUUGCUGCUAACCCCCAAGCUCAGUCAGCACCCAUAUCUAUUGACCCUGUGGCACCAGCACAGACGACAACAUCGUUGCUCUCCAAGUUACGAAAGUGAUUUGGGCCAUGUGGUGCCCAAUAGAUUAAAAAUCGCAAAUGGGGAGUAUGUCAAUUUGGGCCUUUUAAUUGCUAACUUAGAUGGGGGUGACCCCAAUGAUGACAUAAAAUUAUUUUCCAUGAAAGAGGGUAACCUCACCUUGGCACCCAAGUCACAGGCUAAGACCAUUACUGAUAUACAGGUGUGGACAGACGCAUUUCUUAUUUACGCCUCCAUAUAUACAUCAGCACAUCCCGAAGCAACUGUACAAUUGUUCAAAUACAUGCAUACAAUUAGGUUGGGGGCAAGUAGAGUUAAGACAUUAGGAUGGCGGGAUUAUGAUAUACAAUUUAGGCUGAAAAAGGAGGCUAACCCCUCCAUAUCAUUUGCCAUUGUUGAUCAAGAGCUAUGGCUCUUGUACAUGUACAGCACACAUAUAACUGGUACCCAGAUACAAUCACAGCAGACCCCUCUAUUGAAGUGCUAUGAUUUCAAUUAUAAGGGGCAAUGUAGCAAAUACCAGUGCCAAUACAAACAUGAAUGUAUUUUGUGUUCACUCAAUCACCCUUACAUUAGGCAUAAGACACCCUCAGGAUCUAGUUUGAAUUUCAGGUCUGGUGGUGGGCAGACAGCAUGGCGACCCCAGCUCCCAAGGAGGCCCUCAGUCCCAAGUGCAGCCAGUCGUGCCCCUUAUUCCAAGUCAUUUAGACCUCAGUAA